UGCGCGGCUCAGGGAGCGCGCAGCGCGGUGAUCGGCGGUGCGCUGUGUCCCUCGGACACAGCCGACCACCGAUCAUAGGAACCGGCUGGGUCAUGUGAUCAGCUGUGUCCAAUCACAGCUGAUCACAUGGGACAUGUACACUGAUCAUCAGGGCACUGAUGAUCAGUGUGCCCUGAUGAUCAGUGUAGUCCCAGCAGUGCCACCUGUCAGUGCCUCGUGCCAGUGCCCAUCAGUGCCACAUAUCAGUGCCUACCAGUGCACAUCAAUGCCACAUAUCAGUGCCCAUCUGAGCUGCCUUUCAGUGUCACCCAUCAGUGCCAGUCAGUGCCACCUAUCAAUGCCAAUCAGUGCCACCUAUCAGUGCUGCCAAUCAGUGCCACCUAUCAGUGCCAGUCAGUGCUGCCUAUCAGUGUGCAUCAGUGCUGCCUAACAGUGCUUGUCAGUGCCGCCUAACAGUGCC